ACCGGACGGCGGAGUGGGGCUUGACGCGGAGGCACGCGCGCGCACACACAAACACACACACACAUACACACAAAGACUUCCAAAGACAGCGCUGGAGAAUCCCAGACCCGAUUUUCUGGAACCAUGAAGUCUCCAAAGCUUAAACCUCAAGCGAAGUUCGUCAACGACGAGGACCUGAGCGACGUGCUGUGCGAGUUCGACGCGGUGAUCGAAGACUUCACGUCGCCGGUGGACAAGCGGCACUUCAGGUACGACGAGCACCUGAAGACCAUGAAGAGGAGGAGCAGCGCCAGCGUCAGCGACAGCGGCAUCAGCGACUCAGAGAGUGCGGAGUCUUUGAACAGGAACAGCUUCAGCUUCAGCGACGAGCGGCUGAAUUCCCCCACGGUGCUCUCCCCUGCCGCCGCCGGCGCCCCUCGCCUCAUGUCACCGAAACCGAAACUCGGCGACACCAAGGAACUGGAGGACUUCAUCGCCGACCUUGACAGGACAUUGGAGAGUAAGUGCUAAUGCGACCUCGCUGUCAGGACCCUUGAUGAAUUGGCUUUGUUAACGACCACUCAGAAAGCGACACGGCGGCCCCUCCCCUUAGGUUUUCUAAGGAACAAUGGUGCGUCGGGACCAUGAAGUGGCCGGGGGCCUGCUACGUGGACCGUGAGGCCUCAGGGGGGGGGUUACCCCGGGGAGAAAGCCGGCGUAUCCCUUUUCACUCCGUCACCCUUUGAAAAAACACAAAGUGCUGCCAACGCCACAUAGAACUCCGGGUUUCCUACCUUGUCCCAUCCUUUUGUCCCCGUUUCCCUUUUCCAUGUCUACGUGGCGCAUCCGAGACACGGAGCCCAGCUUAUGUACAUGGCCCUGGGGCAUCACUCAGUAGCUUGCAGGGCGUCACGGGUAAUAGACAUACAUGGCUAAUUUGUGUUGGACCUCUUCUUUACUACGGGGCUUGUGAGUGUUGGAACUUGCAUCAGCGUAUAAGGAAUGUGUGCUGGGGCAAACCUGGGGGGGAAAAAAAAAAAAAAAGGCUGAAAUUCCAACUGUAAAUGUCAAGAAUGGAAUGGGACAGACGUGGGAGGUGAGACACCUUAAAUAUUCGCAUGUUUUUCCCUUCCACCGCCCCGCUCGGUCCUGUGGCCUGACCACUGAAGGGUCCGCCUUUCACAGCUCACGGGCGUCUCUGGGCAGGAGCUGGACGUUCAACCAGCCAGACAGGCGGUCGGCCAGCCCCCCCCCGUCAGCCCUGGAGAGUGGCCCGUCUAUUAGGGCCACCAGCGUUUACGAUGACCAGUCUGCAAAACCGCCGCUCUGAGAAUAGCGCCGGCGACUGAGGAGCCAGGGAGUCCUGCUCUAAUCAGGUCUGUCUGUCUGUCUCUGUCUGUCCUUAGGCAUGUGACACGGAGGCUCCCAGUGGAUGUCUGGACUCCCCUUGGAACACGCGCCCACCCCCCACACUGAAAACCACCCAACACGACACAGCUGGAUGGCACAGCAGCCGCCGCCUCGUGGCUCCACCACGACAUGGGGUCUUUGCCGGCGCUCUCCUAAAGCCAAUCCGGCAGUGCUCUCUUAACCCCGGGCCACCCGGUUACUGGGCCGCGAGGGGACUGCGAGAAGGGUCAAAAUGAGCGUAGCGGGGGAAUCUGAGGACAAGAACACCCAGCAGCCACGAGGUAACGGACUCCGCGAAAAGUUGGGAAGAAUGCCAGCGGGGAAUGUAUGCUACAAAGAGUCACUGGAACAUUUAUCGUCCGAAUCACGAAUCACCCCACCACGCAGACCGGGUUACACUCCCUCAUCCAGAACCUGGGCUGGAAAGCGUAUUUAAAAACGGCUUUUUAUAAUAGAAAUAUAUUUGUAAUUUUAUAGAGCUUCUUAUUGUAAAUUGAUCUGUCUUUUUUUUUUUAGUGAAAUAUAUUUUUGUAUCUUAUGUUAAUAAUAAUUGUUCCAAAUUCUAUUUACCUUGGUAUUAACAGGACAGUCAGGUUAAGAUUUGACACAAGUUGACCGGAGUAAAGUUGGUUACAGGUUUAAACGUGAACUGAAAAACUGGAAAGCAAUAUGUGUAUUUAAUACAGCUAAUGCCUGCCAGAGACAAUAUUAAAGUAUGAAAUAUUGUUCUUUUAGAAA